GGGAGAAGUGGACACGCCGGAGGGCAGGGAACAGCUGCAGGCAGACCUGGACAAGUUGGACAAGUGGGCAGAAAACAACAGAAUGCAAUUCAACAAGGAGAAAUGCAAAGUGCUGUACCUAGGGAGGAAAAAUGUCCAGCACACCUACAGCCUAGGGAAUGACCUGCUGGGUGGCACGGAAGUGGAAAAGGAUCUUGGAGUCUUAGUGGACUCCAAGAUGAACAUGAGUCGGCAGUGUGACAAAGCCAUCAAAAAAGCCAAUGGCACUUUAUCGUGCAUCAGCAGAUGCAUGACGAAUAGGUCCAAGGAGGUGAUACUUCUCCUCUAUCGGGCGCUGGUCAGACUGCAGUUGGAGUACUGCGUGCAAUUCUGGGCGCCGCAAUUCAAGAGGGAUGCGGAUAACCUGGAGAGGGUCCAGAGAAGGGCCACUCGUAUGGUUAAGGACCUGCAGACCAAGCCCUACGAGGAGAGACUGGAGAACCUGGACCUUUUCAGCCUCCGCAAGAGAAGGUUGAGAGGCGACCUUGUGGCUGCCUAUAAGUUCAUCACGGGGGCACAGAAGGGAGUUGGUGAGUAUUUAUUCACCAAGGCGCCCCCGGGGGUUACAAGAAAGAAUGGCCACAAGCUAGCAGACAGCAGAUUUAGACUGGACAUUAGGAAGAACUUCUUCACAGUUCGAGUGGCCAAGGUCUGGAACGGGCUCCCAAGGGAGGUGGUGCUCUCCCCUACCCUGGGGGUCUUCAAGAGGAGGUUAGAUGAGCAUCUAGCUGGGGUCAUCUAGACCCAGCACUCUUUCCUGCUUAUGCAGGGGGUCGGACUCGAUCUAUUGAAGUCCCUUCCGACCCUAACAUCUAUGAAUCUAUGAAAGACGACCCACCCAUUGCACAUGGAAGAGGCCACAAGAGGUCAUUGGUGUCACGCAAAUCCCUUCCUUGCCCGGAGUGCGGCUGCCUGCUCUGUGCCUGCUUGUCACACAGGAGGAAACUGGUCCGGGGGGCAGUGCUGUAGGCGCUAGGGUGCGGGCGAUGUGCUGUUCAGCCGGGAAGGGGCGCGGGAGACGGGGGUGGGCAUCGCAGGGAGCACAGAGAAGGCAGGAUGCUGCCAGGUCUGUUCUGGGGGGCUGCUCCAGCGUUUUGGCUGAGGCCAUUCAAUCUCUUCCAAAAAGAUUUCUGGAGGCAGGAGCAUGAGUAUUUUGAUGGGAAAGGGUCCUGCUGGCUCCCCCGAAGACAGCAAUAGACUUAAAGCUCCCUCUCCAUGUGCCUUGAAUGUGGAGCUCCUUAUAAGGCACCCACCAGGGUUGUUGUAGUGUUGAUGGGAAUACAGCAAGGCCUACACAUAAAACCUUUGUGAUCAAAUUAAAACAACAGUGCAUCUUGCACAAAAAUGCAAGUGGCAGCUGGGACCAUGCUAAAUAGUGCAACCCCAAUUGGUCUUAUUCUCUGUGCUAGAUUAUGUCAAAUCAAGGAAAUGGUCAACAGAGAACUGCCACGCUCAUCACAUGUACGCGUGUCUCAGAAGCCAGUAAAGGCAAGAAAGCUGCAUAGACAGACAAAAAACUAGAGCUCUUCCUUCCAAAAUGAUAUCUUUCAUUACACCAACUGGAGAAUCACAAGAAAAUUGUCCUUUUCUGCAAGCUUUCGGGAUCAAAGUCCCUUUGUCAAGCUCUGGGAAAAGUAUAGGUGGUACAAGAUGGUAAGGAGUCCCUAUAAGUAGGAAAUCAACUUCAUUUUUGCACAGAGGGAGUUGGAGAUGGAAGACUGUCCCUCUGGGUCCGUGAGAGUGUCUUUGUGAGCUGUGCCAAGUAGCUCUUUGCUGUGUUGAUCAGGUAGGACUCCUUCCCUGGAGGUGUCAGAUGGCAAGCAGGGAAGUAACAAAAACUUCCUUCUUAUUCUGCAAUGAAGUUUAAAACCCCAAAAAGAAAGCUACAUACACAUUUCAAUUGACAUAGCAGCUACAGGGAACAAAAGGCUAAAUACGCAUCUCAACAGAAACUUGUAAAAGAUACAGAAAAAAUGUCCUGUAUGUGACAAACACUUCUCCCAACAAACAUCCUAAGGGGUAAGGUGUUCAAAAUGUCUGAACCAUUCAGUGCAGGUGUGGAGUUUGAAAAACAAACCAUCGCCUGUACACGCUACUGCAAAUGUGCCCAGCUGAUAUACAGAUACCCCAAGACAGGUUUGGUGACACCUCUAAGUAUCCUGUCCAAGUGCUCAGGCCCAUCCAAACGCUCAGACCUACAAUUAUAGGGUCUGCAGAGAUGCACAAGUUUUACCCCUAGACAAUGCAAGAAUAGGAGCCAGGCAAUUACUAGUUGUGAUAUGAUGAUCAACACCCUUUUCUCCCUGUUUGUCUGGACUCUAAGUGGCCAACUAUCAAGAAAAAAUGCUUUGAAGUUAUACAAUGAAACAAUAUAAGAACUAACAGAAUUUGCCAUCAAAGUGUGCACUCCAGGAGAAGCAGAGAGAGAUCACUGCUACAUCGCAACCAGCUUAACCAGCAACGGAUCCUGCAUGGGGAAAGCUGCAAAACUGGACCAACUUCCUUCGCCGGCAUUGGUACCCAUCUGGUUCCCAGAGAUCAAGCCAUCUGGGACACGUAUGGUGCCUGCGAUCCCACAGGGCGCGUCUCUCUAUGUGCAAGGGGAUCGAUGGCUUCUGAAAUGGAGCCUGCUGCCGCGUUCGAAUGAGAGCAGCCCAGCAGCCUUGGCAUCGCAUGUAUGUAGUGUCCUCACAUUUCAAAAUGGUUGUGGGACCCCUUUCACUAAAAUUUCUUCAACAAGGUUUACUUAAAGAGCCCCUGUUGCCAUUUCAAAGGCCAGGAUGCUGACUAUAUGAGACAUUGCUGGUGUUUUAUUUAGGGUGGCUCUUGAGAGCCGCUCUAAUUCAAAUCCUUCCUCCCCCACCACUCCAUUAUCCCAGGGCACAUAUAAAGAUGCCCAGGUGUCAUCACAUAUGCAGUCAGGUCUGAGAGAAUUGGUAGACUCCAGGGCCAUGAAGUCUGAAAUGGAAAACCAAAGCCAGUUCAUCCCAAAGAUC